UUUCAGGCGAAAGAUGACUAGUAAAUUGCCAAAAAUCGCACCAAAAACAGUGGUUAAUCGCACACAAACGCCACUGAUAGUAUGGUUACGUGAUAAACUAAAUGCAGUAUAUCGAGAUCGAACUACACCACCACCUGGCUUACCAACAUCUGAUGGUGAGAGCAAAUUUUAUGAAAUGAAUCGUUUUCCAAAUACUCAAGCAGCGCGAAGUCGUCCUUCUGUAUCAUUACCGGGUGGUGUACAUCACAAAUCAUUCGACAAUUAUUAUUUGGACAGAGAUGCUCGGCGGAAUGUUCAGCCUUCGAAAUGCAUAUAUACCACAGAUUCACAUGGCCCUGUUUUCAAAACUCUCAGCGGCGAAACAAUAAGUUGUGAAGCAGCAACGAAAGUAGAAGGAGAUUUGCGAAAAAAUUUCGGUCUGGAGUCACCAACUCCGGGUUUCGGCUAUGCAUGGCAUCGGAAUAGAGACGAAGAAUUGCCUACGCAAAAGUAUUCAAAAGAUUUGGCGGCACUGGAAAAAUACGACAAAUUCACAUAUAGUGAUUAAUUGAAACAUACCAGUUUGUAAUAAAUUUAUGCAUAUUAACAUUUUUGCUUAAUUUCCCUACAACAGUAAAAAAAUUU